CAGAAAGUCACGGAUCGUCCAGGAUCACGUUGCCUGCCACCCUCCCAAUUUCUUCCAUUUCUCUUCAUCUUCCGUCCGCGUCAAUCUUCCCCAGCUCUCUUUACUCAUCCCUCUUUAGUCUUUCCCCAUCCCCUCCACACCCACUCUCGCCCCGUUCAACUAUUGGACCGUCCAUAAGCUAUCGAUUCCAUAAGUCGUCUCCUUCCCCUUGCGCGACUUCCGCUCCCAGAGCACGCGGACAACGAAAACCCCACGUUGCGGUCUGGGAAGCUCCAGACUACCGCAUUGUUAUAGAGAGACAUUGGGUCCUAGAAUUGCGCGACACCCGAGAUGGCCGAAGUUGAAACUGCCGCCGCAGACGAGUCGUUUGCGCAAUCCGAGCCUCAAGAUGAGCAGCAAACUCACAACAUGACGGUCGGUAUCAGACGCCAGGCGAAUGGCACCAUCGGAUCGGUCUACUCGGGUAACAAAAUUCGGCAUCUCAAGAAAGAAGAUGGCAUUCCGUUGUGGCGCAAAGACAUCCAAUAUCAGUUCCUCAAGCUCGUCUUCGAGGACCAAACCAAGGUCUUCACUCGUUGGCCUGAUGGAGAGAAGAACCUAGACUUCGCGGACAUUUAUAUCGAUGCUAUGGCGAGGAGUAGCAAGACGAGCAAGAUCCUGAAGGACAAACUUCAGAACGAUAAGCAGGCAGCUAUCAGCAUGGCCAUGGUUUGUUUGCUGGUCAACUUCGGAAGGAUGAAUACCACCCUCAAUUUCUUCCCUGAGAUGCGUGCACAGCUGCGAACCUAUCACUCCAUCCCUUCGCUACAAGCCCACCAAGACCCGAAUGCCUACAAGCAACUGCAAGACGCACCUCGUCUCAAAUCGAUCCUCAAGGGUGCAUCAGAAGAUGUGGACCAGCCGAAUACUUUGGAGAGAAUCAAGCGCCAUGCAAUUCCCCGCACGAACCCGGUCAACUUGAUCUUUGUUCUAGCCCAAUAUGCCCCAAAGGUGUCUGAAAUGCACUUCUUCCCUCCUCGCGACUUUUUCGACCUUGUUAUGCGGGGCACAUUGAGCAGUCAAAGUCGUGCCAAAGCCUUCCUCUGGUUGAUGUGGUGGUACCUCGAGAGUGACUUUAGCCCCGAAGCCGCACUCAAUAAUCCGUUUGGCCCUGGUUUGGAUGGUGAAGGGACCGGGGGCUUGCCCAUCAAGGUACCUCAAUUUGAAAGUCUCACCGAAGAACAGGCGAAUGAAGAGAACGUUGAUACUCAGUCUGAGAUUGACUAUGGAGAGGCUAAACGCCUGGAACGUAAACGUAUCUUGGAGGAAGAUGAGCCCAUUCCCAGGGUGACCAAGCGUUCCAAGAAAGGCCUGCCAGACUUCGGCUACGAUGAAGACGGUUCGGGGGAUAUUUCGGGCAAGUUCAUCCCAUCAAGAAUUCAGACUUUCGAAGCUACUAAUGAGUUUAAUCUAGGUCGAGGUGAUGGUCGCGGCUCUACUAUGUCCACCCCAUUGCAUCCCUCAUCCAAGCGGUAUCCGCAGGAUGAUGAGGAUGAUUAUCAGACUCCCGGUCAGUCUGCUCGGUCUCGGUAUAAGAGACCCAAACGAGAGUCUUCUCUCAACCGUUCUGUUGGUCAGCAGCGUCUCAUCUUAAAAACCAAGAUGGAAAACACACCUGACGCUGCUUCUCCAGCUCCUCCAGGCUCUGGUCAUCCAAUCCUAAAUCGGUUCGUCGCAGAACCCUCCUUACCGCAGCAAUCCUCCGCUCGCCGUCCACGGCCCCUUACACAGCAUCAGUUGGCUGUAGAGCAGAAUCGACGACAGCGUAUUGAAUAUCUUCUAGCCAAGCGGAAGAGCGAAGCAUAUCGUAUUUUACGUGCGAAGCGAGAGAGCGAAAUUCCAAUCGUCCGCCACGGUCGUUUGCUGUCCACUCUGCCCGAUGACUACGAUACGGACGAUGAGGAGAACUCGUGGGGAAAGGGUGGGCUCAUUCCAAAGCCGGACGAAGAAGAGGACUUCGGUGAAUGCGCCAGCUACUACCUGUCUGUCAUCCGCAAGGCUGCUAGGCGCCUGGAUCGAUGGGAUUAUGACGAUGCCAACGGUCCGAAGCGUGACCGUAAGAAGGAAAGGGAACAGCGUCAGAAGGCAAGGCAAAUUAGAUUGGCUAUGGAAAACUCCGCAGAUCUUGCUGGACGCGCCCCGUCUUCGGCCCGUAGCAGAGCCCGCGCUGCACGCAAUGCUAAGCGCAAGCUUGCGGGGGCGGCAUCUGGUACAGCAGCAGAUCUCAAGGAGCAAGGCGCGUCGACGUCGUCUCGUGCUAAAGCUAACCGGAGUCGUACCCAACGCGAUGCCGAGGGUGCAGAGACGGCCACUCCUGGUGUCACUAAGGAUGGCCUCGACGUGCCGUCCCGAGACCAGGAACUUUCGCCGAUGCCUGGCUCGGCCCAGCUGGGUGAUGAGGACGGAGACCUCGAAGCUGAGGAAGGCCUCGAUGAUAUUGACCGGGAAAUCUUAGGCGAGGGAAGUGGAGAAGAGGACGUUGGUCCGACUCGAAAAGCUCGUACCUCUCACCCAGCCGAAGUUGGCUACGAGGACAGCUUUAUCGGCGAGGAGGCCGAGGCGCUGUCUUCUGAUGAGAAUGACGAAGAGGCCGAUGAUGAUGACCUUGAAGAAGGAGAAGGAGACGUCGACGGAGAUGACAACUCCUCCACCUUGGAAGGCGGAAACGGGUAUGCUGCCAGUGAUAUCUCGUCUGUCGCUGGGGAUGCCGCUGAGCCCGCUGGAGGCGCGACGGCCCGACGAGGGGAGAUCAAAGAUGAGACUAUGGAAGAUUAG